AUGAGCGCUGAAUCAAUGGAUGUGGCUGAUUCUUUGCCCAUCUUCCUCCAAGCCCAAGAGAACGCUACGGCUAAGAUCACAGAAAGAUAUCCGCCGUUGACUCGGGAUGGAGCCUCGCUUGUCAUUACCGCGGGCAUCAUGAUGGUGCUGACAACGCUGUGGACCAUCAUGCGGCUCGUCUCACGACGCAUGACUGGCGUCCCCUUCCACCUGGAGGACUACUUCUACUUUGUCGGACAAUUUGCUUCAUUCUCGGCAAGCGUCGUCAUCGGCGGUGCCGGCCACGACAUCGGCGUUCUCGACCCGGAGGUCCACGUCUCCCACUUCGUCAAGGUCUUCCUCGUCGCGCAGGUCAUGUACGCCAGCGAGCUCCUCGCGAUCAAGCUCAGCAUCAUCGUCCUCAUGCAGCGCAUCUUCUCGCGCAGCAGCCCCUGGUUCCGGACCACGAGCUGGCUGGCCGUCGGCCUGUCCUGCGCCUGGGCGCUGUACACCGGCCUCCUCGGCUUUGUCAUCUGCCGGCCGGUCCGGAGCGCCUGGGACAUCAGCGUGGCGAAGACCGGGUGCGGGGACUACACCGUUGCCUUCAGCGCAGUGGCCGUCUUCGACAUUGUGACCGAUGUGGUUAUUGUGGUGCUUCCGAUCAGGGUCGUGAGCGGCUUGCAGAUGGCCAGAGCCCACAAGCUUGCGCUCUACGUGGUCUUUGGAGCUGGGUUUGUGUGA